AUUUUUAUUUUUUAACCUAACAACAAAGUCUUUUUUGCCUCUUAGCUAAUUAGCUUAGUGGCAAGCAGCAACUCUUAGGUUGUGUGCGUGCGACUUGGUUUCUCUAGGUCUCACAGGGCUACCUCCUGCUCCUUCCUGCGGGAAAGCCAAGAGGCCUGGAGCACACGGGCAAUCCUACCCUUCCUUCCUCCUUUGAUUAUUUUUCUUAUUCACUGAGAUUCCAAGUCCUCCCUCAUUUCAAAUAAUGGAUACCCUGUUUAUGUUGAAGUUGUGUUCUACAUAUUUUCAUAACUUGAAAAAGUCUUAAAUAACGAACAGAAUAUAAAAACUUCUGAAUGUUAAAAAAAAAAAAAGCUUUCUGAUGGCCCCAGGGCAGGGUAAAUGUGUCUAGCCUGAUUAAUUGGCUGGUUCAGGCAUAAUUGCUUCCAAAGUGAAGAACAGGCUUGGUUGCUAGGCCUGCAAGCACCAACUUUGUCCUUGGCUGCAAAAAGGCAGGUAGGGAAAGCUGCGCCAUCCAGUCUCAAUAGCACAAAAGCUCUGAGUGUCCUUUCUGGAUAAGAAGGUUGUGCAGCCUAUCAGGAAGGAAAGUGAACAGGUAGCAGACAUUCUUUAAUACACAAGUAGUUUUUAAAAAAUUCUCCUAUAGGGGUUUUUAGUACUGUGUAGUGCCACAUCCCAGGGCCCCUUUGACGGCUCAUGGUGUCACACUACCCUGGUUCCUGUGACACCAGCCACUGCCAGCCACAACAUAACCACCUAAGGGUGGGGGAAUUUGGCCCAAGGACAGGCAGGAUUGCUGAGGGGAGAAAACGGCUGGCUAUAUUUUUUCAUUCUUAAAGAAUGCCAUUUGAAGUACUGGAUUGAAUCCAGAAGUAUUAUGGAAGUUCCUGUUUUGGCCAGGGUCUGUACUUUUUUUUAUAUGUAUAGUGACCUUAUUAAUUGUCUACCCUCAAAGCCUGUAUAAAUCUGAACCCCUAUGUUACCGAUUAGUUGGAAAUAGUAAUAUAAACAAAGUUAUGUAAUUAAGUUAUGUAGUAUCUCUACGCUGAAUGUUUUGUCAAGCUGUAAGUUUUAAUAUUUAUUCUAAGCCACAGGCUUUGCCAAACAAGAUAAUGAAAUUACUCACUCUUGCUUAGAAAUAGCAGAUGUAAUAACCUAAUAUUUAAAAGCAUUAUUUGGAAAAGGAGAAGUUUGAGAUUGAAUUUUCCUUUAUCAGGAACGUUAGGUAUUUUUUUUUUUUUUGCUCUACUCUACAAGACAUUAAAAAUUAAAUUGAUCUACUUUUUCCCACAUAAUGGCUAUAUUUUCUUUUUCUAACUGGCCUAAAAAUCCAGAGGUGGGUUAUAAAUCGUUUAUUUGUGGUGGAUGUAAGGAGAAAAAAAUGUAUAGACUGGAAAAUAUAAAACACAUUCAAUGAACAAAGAAUGAAAACUAGAGUGAUAGGCAUCUAGGCUGAUUCCAUAACUUGACUAUUGUGAAUAUUGCUGCAAUGGACAUGGGUAUGCAGGUGAAUACUGCAUAGAAAGAAAAGAAAACUGCAGUGAGUUCAGGAUAUAGUAUAUCAUUCAGCUUGAGUCUGGGUGCCUUGGAAGUAGCAAUGGUUUUCUUACCCCCAGGAGUGAAAGCAGGAAAUCAGUAGGUGGUCCUACCAAUGUCAUCAACAGCGGGCUGGAGACUAUUCAAAUGGAAGAAGCAGAUGUACAUUCAAGGACAUUCUUUGGGGGGAUGGGAUAGAGGACCCAGUUUCCAAUGAGUUAAUGCUGUGGGCUUAAAGGUUCUGAGUUAAGUUCAGACUAGUAAGGAACAUGGGAAAAGCGGUCAGUAAUCUGGUGUUUUAAAAAUCAUUUAAAGAGGAUAUUAAAUAAGAUGCAUUAAUCUAACUUUCAUUACAACAGAAGUCAUGGGAAAGUGUGAAACCCCCAAGAUCCCUUACUCCUUAGCCAAAACACAACUGACAUAUGGGAAAAGACAGGCAUUUCCUACUUUCAGUGAAAAACACUCUAGACUAGGCGCUUCUCUGCGCAUCCUGGGUGCUUAAAACCUGACUGCCCUGUGAUCCCCCAUGUGAACGACAUUGGUGGCCAGGAGUCAAGUUCCUGUCUGCGAAGCCUUCCGGUCUCAUCCACAUCAGGGGAUGUAGCUCAGGAUUUGUUCAUCUGACCCCGAGUUGCACAGCAAACACCGGGGGCGGAUGCUAGAAGCCAGAGGAGAGGGGCUGCCUCCCGGUCGCGGGCGCAGCUGCCCCGGGACAGGCUCUCCCCCCCGCCCCCGGGAAGCUCUGGUUUUGGAAAAGAGCGGGGCGGGGCCGACGGUGGAGCGCGGGUUGGAGGAGGUUCCCUUUUAUUUCGGGUUUUGACACUUGAGUCGUGUUUGGUAAAAGAGCGUCCUGGGGAGCGGAGGCUCCGUGGAGCCCCGCGGGCUGCGCAGGACCCGCCGAGAGGACCGGGCGGGGCGUCUCGGCCCUGAGCAAGAGGGGGCGAGCCCGGCAGCCCGCGGGAUGAACUGCAGGAGGCUGUCGCCUGCCCGAGCUCGUCGCCACUGAGUGCUCAUACCCGCGAGCCGGUAAGGACGAGAGGGGGGGGGGGUCGCGGGGAGAAACUCGGGCCAUGCAAGAAAAGAGAUCCGAGAAACUCCAUCCCGGGGGUGGCGGGGAGAGUGGCCAGAGUCUCCGCAGAACCGGCAGCAGACGCCAACAGCGAGGCAGAGGGAGGAGAAAAAGGCUGGGCUUGGGCAACCUGCUACUGGGGUUGAGACAAAGGAGGUUUGAAAGAGGCGGGAUCGGUUUCUAAUAUCAGCUCCCGGAGAGAGAGAGAGAGAGACCCAGCACCUGGAUGCAACGGAGUUAAUCCUCAGCGUGUCCUUCCCGGCAGGAAUGAUGGACUAUGUGCCACCAUAAGAACUCGGGGGGACAAGUAAGUCUGGGAAAGGAGUCACAGAUUCUGGCUGGACGGUGACAUCUCUCCCCCCUCUUUGAGGUAUGCCUCCAUCCCUGCGGUACCUCUUUAUCGUUUCUGUCUCUACCGUGGUCAUUUUUAUCGUGUUCUAUGUGUUCAGUUUUGGGGGAGAGCAAAACUACCAGAAGCUGAAUAGCUCAGACUCUUUGAUGCUGACUCAAGUUUGCACGUCCUUUAUUAAUGGGAAAACUCCUUUCCUGUGGAGAAACAAACUGACCAUCUACGAGAAGUCUUCUUGCAAGGAGUAUCUGACCCAGAGUCACUACAUCACGACCCCUUUAUCUCAGGAAGAAGUUGAAUUUCCUCUGGCGUAUAUAAUGGUCAUCCAUCACAAUUUUGACACCUUCGCAAGGCUCUUCAGGUCUCUCUUCAUGCCCCAAAACAUCUACUGCGUUCAUGUGGAUGAAAAGGCAACAGUUGAAUUUAAAGAUGCGGUGGAACAGUUACUGAGCUGCUUCCCAAAUGCUUUUCUGGCUUCUAAGAUGGAGCCAGUGGUCUAUGGUGGGAUUUCCAGACUCCAGGCGGAUGUGAACUGUAUCAAAGAUCUGUCAACCUCCCAAGUCCCCUGGAAGUACGUCCUCAACACCUGCGGGCAAGAUUUCCCCCUGAAAACCAACAAGGAAAUAGUUCAGUAUCUGAAAGGAUUUAAAGGGAAGAACAUUACCCCAGGGGUGCUGCCCCCCGCUCAUGCUAUUGGUCGGACCAAGUACGUCCACCGAGAACAUCUGGGCAAAGAGCUUUCCUACGUUAUUAGAACCACAGCGCUGAAACCACCCCCUCCCCACAAUCUCACCAUUUACUUUGGCUCUGCCUAUGUUGCUCUAUCAAGAGAAUUUGCCAACUUUGUGCUCCAUGACCCAAGGGCUGUUGAUUUGCUCCAGUGGUCCAAAGACACUUUCAGUCCUGAUGAACAUUACUGGGUGACGCUCAAUAGGAUCCCAGGGGUUCCUGGUUCUAUGCCUAACGCCUCGUGGACCGGUAACCUCAGAGCUGUGAAGUGGAUUGACAUGGAAGAUAAACACGGAGGCUGCCACGGCCACUACGUACAUGGCAUUUGUAUCUAUGGCAACGGAGACUUAAAGUGGCUGAUGAAUUCGCAAAGCCUGUUUGCUAACAAGUUUGAGCUCCAUAAGUAUCCCCUUACCGUGGAAUGCCUAGAACUGAAGCUUCGAGAAAGAACCCUCAAUCAGAGUGAAACCGCCAUACAGCCCAGCUGGUAUUUUUGAUCAGCAGCUCACGUCUGCAGGGGAAUUGCAGUUGGACAGAAGAGCCCUUCUUUGCAAGAGAUGGUUUCAGGACCACAGUCAUGGCUUCAGGACCUGGCCACAUAAUUAUGCUUAAAAUAUCCACUGGACACUGUGAAACACACGACAGGAUGGCUGGGCAGAGCGAUCCCAGCCCUUUGGCUGGUUUGGCAGCUUCUUGUUGCUCACCUCUGGGUUGGACUAUUCCUACAAUCAAUGACAAAUUUAAAUACCAUCAGAUCUUUGCACCAGAUACUCAUAAUAUAAAUAUAUUCUAAUAGAAAGUAGGAUGGUAGAUAAUCCUAUUUAGGACAAAAAAAAGAAUUCAGUUUCUUUUAAAAAAAAGGAAUCCUCUAUAACAUCUUAAUGGUCUUUACUCUGUGCAUAACCACACAUGGGCCCAGAGACAGCUUUCUGGGUAACACAACAAUUUGUUCUAAACAAAAAUAGAUCUUGUUCAUGAGUUUCCACACUAACAUUUUCAGUUUACCCAUGUCUGAAGUUCUGUAUAUGGUGUAAAGCCAUUAACGAGACAGAGGAUGUGCUUUAAGAUAGGAGUCACCGUCCUCUGCUUCAGGGAAAGGACCUUGCGGGCACAUAAUGUUUCUCCAUCUUAUGCCAGAACAUUCUUUGAUCUUUCUUGCAUGUUUUUCACUGAGAACACUGAAAAGUCCUCACAAGAAUGAAGGCAUUCCUAGAGGUGCUGUUACAUGAGUCUUGUCUCAAGUUGGAAAUACCUCAGAAUGAAUUACUUCUUCUGUGGCUCCCUUCCCCCCAAAUUAUCCUACUUGCAAAACAGACACCAAAUUCUGCAAGGCUUUUAACUACACUGUGCUAUUCUCUGAGUGGCUGUACACUGCUUGGUGUUGACGGGAGUGCCUUGAUUUUUAAAGGCUUUUAAUUGUGGGUGACUGAGUGUCAUUUAUUCCUCACCCAUUCAUUCAGCCUGCAUUCAAGGAAUAGUUCUUGAGCAUUUAUGAUACUUUAGACCCAUGCUGAGACAAGAAGAAAAUGAAGAUGGAAGGUUCUUAAAACCUUGGGAAUAACGUUAAUAAUGAAAAGCCUGGUCUGGAGAAGCUUACAAAGUGUUGUAUUGAACACAUCCCUAGGCGCAGUUAACUAUUGUGGAAUCAGGCCAAGGAAAUCAGUAAUCACAAAAUGAGGGUUAAAUUAGAGAUCAUUUGAAAGAGAGGAGGAGGAUACAGAAUCUGAAGCGAGUAGAGUUCUAAGCAUUCUGCUGGCUCCUCAAUAUGUCUCCUUUCAUCUACCCUCAUGGGAGUCUCAUGAGGGCAGCCUGAGCCACCCCCAUUUUGCAGAUGAAGUAACUGAGGCUUGGGUUAAUCAGCAUUAGUAAGCACAUUCUUUGUCUGAAAAUUGGGAUUCUCUUACCGGUCUUCAUUUCCUGAGCUGGCAUAUUGAGAGAAGAUGAAAUAAAAUGAAAUGAAGCCAUAUUUACUAUACCAGAGAAGGUAGAUUUUAAGCAUGAUCUCAGUGUUAAUAUUGAGAAAAAGUUCUGGCACCUCAGAAAGAUGUGAAGUCUACUCUAGUAUUCCUCUAAUCCACUGAAUUCCUAAAUAUUUAUUUAUUCUAAUGAAAACAAUGACUACAACAGAUGAUAGAUUUAAUUAACACAAUUUUAUUUUUUUUCUAUAAUUGUUCCUAUUGAAUGUUAAUCAUAUUUAAAGGGAAUGACUAUGAUAAAACUUUAUUUUUCCUGUUACUGAAAAAAAAAAAAGGAACUGUAUUGGGCAGUAAAGGGUCGAAGGGUAGGAAACACAUCCAGGGUCGAGAGUGAAGUCUAAAAAUGGUCUCUUUUCAACUUGUUAGUUAAGUGAAACACCUGAGAAGAAGAACUGUUUUACACUGGAUCUUACUCAUAUAGAAUGAGAUGUUUUUCUGGAAUAGAAGAUGUUUACACGUCCCUUGCUGGUCAUCUCUCCUAUAGCUUCAAUAAUCUUGGAAGAGUGGAGUGGAGUGUUCGAGCUAGUAGAUUUCUGCUAGCCCAUCGAGAAGCCCUGAAACUACUGUAGCCAUGUUUGUUUUUGAUAAUGUUCUGGUUUUUUUCUUGGAAAUAAAUUAAUAUAUUGUUUUACA